AUGAAUGGGAAAAAGGGUAGUAUUGAGAUCAAUAUCCCUCCCAUUACCAACACUAAACUUUCGGAAAACAAGAAAUGUGGAGAAGUUAGUGCCCCGGGCAAAGGCUGGAUUUUGAGUAUUUGGGAAUUUUGCAAAGAAGAUAGCAAUAGAGUAGUAUUCUCACUAAAAGUUGGCCUAGCUAUUCUUCUUGUAUCACUACUGAUACUAUGCCGGGCACCUUAUCAAGUUUUCGGCUCUAGCAUUAUCUGGUCCAUCCUCACUGUUGCCAUCAUGUUUGAAUAUACUGUUGGUGCGACAUUUAAUCGAGGGUUCAAUCGAGCACUUGGGAGCCUGCUCGCUGGAAUCUUAGCCAUUGCCAUUGCAGAGUUAGCCUUGAGCAUGGGACGAAUUGCUGAGCCUAUUAUAAUUGCUCUAAGCAUCUUCAUUGUUGGGACUGUUACGUCAUUCAUGAAGCUUUGGCCAUCCCUUGUUCCCUACGAGUAUGGAUUCCGAGUUAUACUUUUCACCUAUUGUUUGAUCAUUGUUUCUGGCUAUCGAAUGGGGAAUCCGAUUAGAACAGCCAUGGAUCGGCUUUACUCCAUUGCCAUCGGAGCCAUUGUAGCAGUGCUAGUGAAUGUACUCGUUUUUCCCAUUUGGGCUGGGGAACAGUUGCACAAAGAACUUGUCAGCAAUUUUAAUUCAGUGGCUGAUGCACUUGAAGAAUGUGUUCGAAAAUACUUGGAUGAUGACGAAUCCGAACAUCCAGAGUUCACUAAGACUGUCAUGGACAAGUUUCCAGAUGAACCUGCAUACAGGAAAUGUCAAUCCAUGUUGAACUCCUCUGCCAAACUUGAAUCAUUGGCCAACUCAGCGAAAUGGGAACCUCCCCAUGGCAGGUUUCAACACUUCUUUUAUCCAUGGUCGGAAUAUGUCAAAGUUGGCGCAGUUCUAAGAUAUUGUGCAUACGAGGUCAUGGCACUCCAUGGUGUACUUCACUCAGAAAUUCAGGCUCCGUGUAAUCUCAGAAUCACGUUCCAGAAAGAGAUCCAAGAUGCAACAAGUGAUGCUGCAGAGUUAGUUCGAUGUCUAGGCAAAGACAUAUGUGAAAUGCAGCGAAGUCUCAAAGCGUCUCUCCUAAAACGGGUUCAUAGCUCGACUGAAAGCCUCCAACGCGCAAUAGACAUGCACUCGUACCUCCUAACAUCUACUUAUGAGCCACCUGAUAGUAAUCCAUCCAAGCCACAGCCAAAGCUCUCACUCACCUUAUCAACCACCCUUUCAAACCUCUCAAACCCACUGGCGGAAGUUCCUGAACCAAACUCGAACACACCAUCCCAACCUCUAGGGACUAUCCCACCAUUACAGACUGAAUCUUACCAUGAGAUGAUGAGGAAGCAAUCAAGAAGGCUCUACUCUUGGCCUUCUCGGGAAGUUGAUGCAUUUGAAGAAGAGGGAGGUUUUAGCACAGACUUCAUUCCUAAAAUGCGUGCGUUAGAGAGUACUGCCACGCUGUCUCUUGCAACUUUUACCUCAUUGCUUAUUGAGUUUGUGGCUAGGCUUGAUCACUUGGUUGAAGCAGUUGAUGAACUCUCAAAGAUGUCCCAAUUCAAACAAGAGGCUCUAUAA